AUGGUAGAUUCUAUGGCGACCGAGGUAGAGACCAAAGAGCCUCUUCCUAUAACCGUUAACAAACCCACUCCCUACACGUUCGAUUUGGGCCUCCUCCUCGCCGCCGACCCCAAUCCGCUCCUCCUCAACGGCCGCGAAAACCUCGAAGAAGACCUCGCAAGCACCGCCCGAGAUGGCGCUCAAGCGCUCUUAAAUCAAUUGCUCUCUACCUGUCCAAUUUCAAGCACACCGAACGGCGUCUUGCUUUCACUUCCGGCAAUUGAGACCCGUCUCCCGCGCGAGAAGCCUCUGCCACCACCAAAAGCGCAAACAACAUGGGAGAAAUUUGCCGCUAAGAAGGGCAUAAAAGCCAAGACAGCUGAUCAGCGCAAAAAGCUCGUGUAUGACGAGGCCACCGGUGAAUGGGUGCCCAAAUGGGGUUACAAGGGCAAGAACAAGGCUGGUGAGGAUGACUGGAUUGUUGAGGUUGAUGAGAAGAAGGAGAGGGAGAGGAAAGAGGGCACGGAACGACAGGGUGAUGGAAGGAGGGAGCGGAAGGAGAAGGUUAGGAGGAAUGAGCGGCUUCAGAGAGCGAAUGAGAGGAAGGGGAGGAAGAAUGGACAGUGA